AUGAAAUAUUUUCAAAGUCUAAAAACAUCAAACAGUGUUUGUGUGUCAUAUCUGAUCGAUGUUUAUAUGCCAACAGGAGAUACGCUUAAAAUCAGACCAAAAGUAUGCAACAAUGCAUUGGGAGAAGAGGGCACCUGUAUGUUCGUCUGGGAGUGCAUCAAAACCGAGGGCAAACAUCUCGGCACUUGUGUCGACGGCUUUCUGUUCGGCAGUUGUUGUGGACAUAACGAUACCUUCAAUUCAAUCGAUCAGACAAUUGUUCACAACACUCAACACAGCUCUCAGACCACACAUAAUGUCUACACGACUAAUACACAGACAUUUGCCAAUCAUUUCGUCGAGUCUCCCACUGCCAACCCAGUGGUCACAACCGGUCAAAGUUGGCCCACAACCAGACCGACCACACAUAUGACUAUUACAACCACAUCCACCACCACCACAACCACUAAACCACUGAUAACUGCAACACCAGCUAAACCUGUGAAACCAUUUACCAAACCUCCCAAACCGUCCACUUUUUACAAUUCAACCGAAUUUACACACAAACCCCACCACUUAUACCACCAUCGGUUGCAAAGCCCUGGCCUACAGCGCCUAGUCCUAUACAUUUGCAUCAGCGCUGAGCACUCGUGUAAAUUUUCAAUGAGAAAUGCACUCAAGUGUGGCCAAUCCAAUCAAAUACACCCCAAAAUGUAUUGCAUACGUUCAGACCUCCAAUAUUCUCCCUGUUCUCAACCUAUAGACCCCCUUCUGGAGACCGACGAGUGUCUAUCAACAGAUAUACAAUACUCGGAGCACAACUCCUUCAACGCCUAUCAACAUAACGGUCCCGCAAACCACUGUCCAAACGACAACAUUUGUAACGACAGCCGCGACCAUAAAGAGUCCUCCGACAACACCGUCGCCGACGACGACGACAACGACAGCCACUACUUCUACCACUACUUUAGGCUACGAAACAUCAAAUAUAUUCAGUGCGGUGUCCCUCAACUCAUGCCACAGACUAAAGUGGUUGGCGGCAAGAACUCAGCGUUCGGUGCCUGGCCCUGGCAGGUGUCUGUGAGGCGCACAUCGUUUUUCGGCUUCUCCAGCACUCAUCGAUGUGGCGGAGCUAUACUUAACAACCAAUGGAUCGCAACCGCUGGCCAUUGUGUCGAUGAUUUGCUGUUAACACAAAUCCGCAUAAGAGUGGGUGAAUAUGACUUUUCGAGUACAUUAGAGCCGUAUCCGCACAUAGAGAGGGGUGCGAAGAAGAAGGUGGUUCACCCGCACUACAACUUCUUCACUUACGAGAAUGACUUAGCACUCGUCCAAUUGGACGAACCCAUUGAGUUCCAGCCCCACGUCGGGCCCAUCUGUUUGCCACCCGAACACAUAGACCUGUUGGGAAAGAACGCCACUGUCACCGGUUGGGGACGUCUUAGUGAAGAUUUAGCGUUUAUCGCAAUAAACUAA